UACCCAUUAUUGCCACGAGCGCUGCGAUCGCACUUCCGGAUGUCAUUCUCUUUUGCGUGAAAAUAACACAAGAUGCCACCGAAGAAGGACUCGAAGUCGACGUCGAAGCAGCCCCAGAAGACACAGAAGAAGAAGGAGGGCUCCGGAGGCGGCAAGGCCAAGAAGAAGAAGUGGUCGAAAGGAAAAGUCAGGGAUAAGUUGAACAACCAGGUUCUGUUUGACAAGGCAACCUACGACAAAUUCCUGAAGGAAGUCCCGCACUGGAAGCUCAUCACGCCUUCCGUCGUCUCUGAGCGUCUGAAGGUACGCGGAUCCCUGGCAAAGCAGGCUCUCAAUGAACUCCGCGAGAAUGGCCACAUCAAGCUGGUGGUGAAGCAUCAUUCGCAGCUCAUCUACACGAGAGCCACGAAGGGUGAUGACAUCGUCGCAUAAAUCUGCUCCCGGAUUCCACUGAACACUGUGUGUAGUUUUUGUUUGGGGGCAAAUAAAGAGGAUGUGAGAGUGAAAA